GCCAACUCCCACUCCCCUGCUCUAGAGUCUAGACGACUAGACCCCUCUGCAACUAAAAAGUCAAACCCAGGUCCUCUCCCUCUAUGAAGCAUAGGAAGACAGAGGAGUGUGAGUGAUCCAGAUUAGCUUGAAAUGAAAUCAGAGACAGUGACGUUGGUGCUGGUGAAUCUGGCAGGUAUAAUGGAGAGCGCCGACGAGGCACUGUUACCUGGAGUGUACAAGGAGGUAGGGGAAGCUCUGCACACCGACCCAACUGGGUUGGGCUCACUCACUUUGUUCCGAUCCAUAGUGCAGUCCUCUUGUUACCCACUUGCCGCUUACCUGGCUAUGCGUCACAACCGUGCCCACGUCAUUUCUCUCGGCGCUUUUCUCUGGGCUGCCGCCACCUUUCUCGUUGCCAUCUCUUCCACCUUCUUUCAGGUGGCAGUCUCACGAGGUUUAAAUGGAAUUGGACUUGCCAUAGUAAUACCAGCCAUUCAGUCCCUUGUUGCGGACUCAACCGAUGAAAGCAACCGUGGUUUGGCUUUCGGAUGGCUACAACUGACAGGAAACCUGGGAUCCAUCAUUGGUGGGUCGUUUGCUGUCCUUUUGGCCUCAACCUCUGUCAUGGGUAUAUCUGGUUGGAGAAUUGCUUUUCAUCUGGUUGGAAUCAUAAGUGUCAUAGUUGGUAUUUUAGUCCGCCUAUUCGCAAAUGAUCCACAUUUUUCUGAUAGCAAUAGUAUGGCUAGAAAUCGAGUUCAUAAGCCUUUCUGUGCAGAUUUUAAGGAUCUAAUUAAUGAAGCAAAAUCAGUUAUUAGAAUCACAUCUUUCCAGGUAAUUGUGGCUCAAGGUGUUUCUGGAUCAUUUGCCGGGGCAGCUUGGGCGUUUACCCCUAUGUGGUUGGAACUUGUAGGUUUCUCCCAUGAAAAAACAGCAUUCCUUCGGACCAUACUAGUGAUUGGCGUUUCACUUGGAGGUCUGUUUGGUGGAUGGAUGGGGGAUAUCAUUGCAAAACGUUUACCCAAUUCUGGAAGAACAAUUCUGUCACAGAUAACCACGGGUGUUGCCAUUCCUUUAACAGCAGUUUUGCUACUAGUAUUGCCUGAUGAUCCAUCCACGGCAUUCAUGCAUGGACUGGUUUUGUUCAUUACUGGAUUUUGCACAUCCUGGGCUGCUCCUGCAACUAACAAUCCAAUAUUUGCAGAGAUAGUCCCAGAGAAGUCUCGUACAAGCGUCUAUGCUUUGGAUUCAUCAUUUGAGUCCAUGCUGGCAUCAUUUGCUCCUGCUGUAGUUGGGAUUUUGGCUCAGCACGUCUUUGGUUAUAAACCAGAUGUGAAAGGAUCUUCAAACUCUAUAGAAAUCGGGACAGAUAGAGAGAAUGCAGCAUCACUUGCAAAGGCACUCUACUUAACAAUGAGCAUUCCAACGGCGAUUUGUUGCUUCGUCUACUCGUUCCUCCAUUGCACAUACCCAAGAGACCGUGAACGGGCAAGAAUGGAUGCACUGAUAGUAUCAGAAAUGCACAAAUUGGACGCUCAGCACUUUCCUUCGAGUGACAUUGACAUUGAUUAUGAAUGGGAGGAGGGCCAUGGUUUGAAUGAUAUUGAUAACAAGUUGUCUCUGCUUUCCCAUCAGCAAACAUUCACAAACCUGGAAGAACAAUGAUCCUGCCGAGCGGGAUCUGAAUUCUGUAAACCUUUUACUCUGAACCAACAUAUAAACCAAAAAAGAAAAGAAAAAAGAUUCAUUUAAAUGCUUUUCCAAAGUUGGUAUCUGCUUAGAAGUGUGAACCAAAAUGAUUUUUUUGAUGAUCAUGCCAUUUUUAGUUGCUCAGUCUCAUAAAUUUGUUUGGGAGAUGAGUACGUCUCUCCCAGCAUCUUCACUUGUAUUGUUUGUCUUUGCUAUGGAUUCUUUUUUGUAAUCUCAAUCUCAUUGUUAUGUAGUUA